CUCCCUCCUUCUCACUCGCUCCCUCCUCUCAGUCGGCCCGGGCUUUGUGUGAGCGGGAAUCAGCGUGCGCGCAUGCCAAACGCUCAAGACAGCCAGCCAGCCAGCGAACGAACGAGCGAGCGAGCGUGUGUGUGUGUGCGUGAGUGUGUGUGUGUGUGUGCGUGCGCGUGCGGGCAUGUGUAUGAGGCAAGAGAGAGAGAGAGAGUACAGACUGAAGGAGAGAAAGAGAGAAAGAGAGAGACAGAGAGACGGAGAAAGAGAUUGUGAGAAAGAGAGACUAGUUGAGAGAUAGACUGAGAGUGCCUGAGAGAGAGAAAGAGAGAGAGAGAGAGAAAGAGAGAGAGAAAAAGAGAGUGACGGGGAGAGAGAGAGAGCACCGGUGACACGCUUGCACGCUGUGAGGGGGAAGGAGGAAAGAGAGUGCGUGUGUGUGUCGUUUCGGCGGAGAGCGUGAAGAGAAUGGAGGAGUGUACAAUGGACAACGGAGCGCCCGAGUGCAACAGCAACUCUGCAGCUAUGCUCAACCACCACGGACAGGAUGACAGUAUCUCGGCUGCGAGCGCGUCGGACGUCCAGGACCGGCUGUCGUCGCUGGAGCUGCGCGUGCAGCAGCAGGAGGACGAGAUCACCGUGAUGAAGGCGGCGCUGGCCGACGUGCUCCGCAGGCUGGCUCUGUCCGAGGACUCGGCCGCCGCCGCCGCCAAGAAGCAGGCCGCCACCGGCAAAGGUCAGAACCCGCUGCGCGAGGCCUACUCCAUGUCCUGCAUCGCCAACGGAGGCUCCAGCGGACGCAAGACGCACCGCGACACCACCACCGUCUCCAUCGCCCGCAAGGAGACGCUCUCCUCGGCAGCCAAGAGCGGUACGGAGCGGAAACGGGGGGACAAGCCGGCCAUGGAGGGCAUCAAGGAGAAGGAGGAGCCGCAGCAGGCUAACGAUAAAGUCGCCGCUGCCAGACCCCAGACCCCCUCCAGCCACCCCCCGUCCCCACACCCCCCGACCCCCCAAAGGCAGACGCCGGAGAGCAAGGGCCCCCCAUCGGCCAAAAGAGGUAGCAGUGCUAAGCGCGGCAUGGAGCGUUCUCAGAGCAGCACGUGGGACAGUGGAGAGGACAGCAGGAACAAGCUGGUCAAAGCCGCCUCCACCUCCAAACUCCUCGCCAAGGUGGUGAAGAACGCCGAGAAACACAAAGACCCAGUGAUAAGCCAAGCCAAAAUGUCCACACGAGAGAAAAACAGCCUAGAGGGGGAGUACAUAAAGAUGUUCAUGCGUGGCCGUCCCAUCACCAUGUUUAUCCCAUCGGAUGUGGAGAACUACGACGACGUCCGCACAGAGCUUCCGCCCGAAAGACUCAAACUGGAGUGGGUGUAUGGCUAUCGGGGGCGUGACUGCCGGGCCAACGUGUGCCUGCUGCCCACGGGGGAGAUCGUGUACUUCAUCGCCUCCGUCGUCGUCCUCUUCAACUACGAGGAGCGCACGCAGCGCCACUACCUGCUGGGCCACACCGACUGCGUCAAGUGUUUGGCAGUCCACCCAGACAAGAUCCGCAUCGCCACGGGACAGAUAGCAGGAGUGGAUAAAGAUGGGCGGCCGUUGCAGCCACACGUGCGGGUGUGGGACUCCGUGAGCUUGUCCACGCUGCAGGUGAUUGGCAUGGGUGUGUUCGAGAGAGGAGUGGGCUCCCUCGCCUUCUCCAAAGCGGACUCUGGCACACACCUGAGUGUGAUCGAUGACUCCAAUGAGCACAUGCUGACUGUCUGGGACUGGCAGAAGAAGUCAAAGAUAGCUGAGAUUAAGACCACUAAUGAGGUGGUGCUGGCGGUUGAGUUCCACCCCACUGAUGCCAACACCAUAGUCACCUGUGGCAAGUCUCACAUCUUCUUCUGGACCUGGAGCGGUACCUCACUGGCACGCAAGCAAGGCAUCUUUGGGAAAUACGAGAAGCCCAAGUUUGUGCAGUGCCUUGCCUUCCUGAGCAAUGGAGACAUCCUGACCGGAGACUCAGGGGGGAUCAUGCUCAUAUGGAGCCGCAGCAACGUGGAGCCAGCCCCAGGAAAGGGCCCCAAAGGGGCAUUCCAGAUCAGUCGUCAGAUGAAGGCCCAUGAUGGCAGUGUGUUCACCCUGUGCCAGAUGAGGAACGGCACUCUGCUCACGGGCGGCGGGAAGGACCACAAGAUCAUCCUCUGGGACCACGACCUCGUGCAAGAGAGAGAGAUAGAGGUCCCUGACCAGUACGGAACCAUUCGUGCCGUGGCUGAAGGCAAGGGGGAGCAGUUUUUGGUGGGCACAUCCCGCAACUUCAUCCUGAGAGGGACCUUCAACGACGGCUUCCAGGUGGAAGUGCAGGGACACACAGAUGAGUUGUGGGGUCUGGCGACGCAUCCGUAUAAGGAUCUCUUCCUCACCUGUGCUCAGGACAGACAGGUGUGUCUGUGGAACUCUGUGGACCACACGCUGGAAUGGACCAGGCUCCUGGAUGAGCAUGGGCACUGCGCAGACUUCCACCCCAGUGGUGCUGUAGUGGCCAUUGGCACCCACUCUGGAAAGUGGUACGCACUGGAUGCUGAGACACGGGACUUGGUGGCCAUACACACAGAUGGCAACGAACAGUUGUCUGUUAUGCGCUACUCUGUUGAUGGUGCCCUGCUGGCAGUGGGAUCUCAUGAUAACUUCAUUUACCUCUACACAGUGUCGGACAAAGGCCGAAAAUACAGCCGAUAUGGGAAGUGCACGGGACAUUCCAGCUACAUCACACAUCUUGACUGGUCCCCCGACAACAAGUUUAUCAUGUCCAACUCAGGAGACUAUGAAAUCCUCUACUGGGACAUUCCAACUGGCUGUAAGCUCAUCCGGAAUCGCUCCGAGUGCAAAGACAUCGACUGGGCAACCUACACGUGUGUGCUGGGCUUCCAUGUGUUUGGCGUGUGGCCUGAGGGAUCUGAUGGAACAGACAUCAAUGCCCUCAUAAGGUCUCACAACCGCAAGGUUAUCGCCCUCGCAGACGACUUCUGCAAAGUGCACCUCUUCCAGUACCCCUGCUCCCGGCCCAAGGCUCCCAGCCACAAGUACAGCGCCCACAGCAGCCACGUGACCAACGUGAGCUUCCUGCACAGGGACAGCCACCUGGUGUCCACGGGGGGCAAGGACACCAGCAUCAUGCAGUGGCGCCUGGUGGAGAAGACGCCCUCCCUGGUGCCCAGCGACUCGGCCCUGGGCCUGAGCGACGCCCUCCUGCACAGCCCGUCCCCCAGAGGGGUGGCAUCGCUGCCCCUGACCCCCCUCACCCCGCUCACCCCGCUCACCCCCACCGAGCCGCCGCUGUUGGCGCUGACGACCAACGCCAACGCGGUCGUCACGGCCGCCGUCGUCGCCGCCGCGGCGCUGCCGCCAUCGAGCCCCGCCGCGGAGGUGGACGGCGAGGAGGCGGAGCCAGCCGGCCCCACGGCCAAUGGGAGGCAGGAGAGCUCGCCCGACUCCCCGCCCCCGUCCAUUGAGCCCACGCUGACGUCCGACAGCACGCUGAGCCCCAAGGACAGCCUGGAACCUAGCGACGACACGGCCACGCCUAGCGACGAAGGCAUGCCCUUCUCGCUGCCCUCAUAAAUUGGGACCCCCGCCCCCCCCCCCUCCCAACCUCCCACCACCACAGGUUCCAGACUGCCCCCCCGCACCACAACCCAACACCACCCAAGCCCACCCUUCUCUUCAACUCCUGCACAGAUACACAGACACACACACACACACACUGAUGUCACACUCUCUGAUGUCACUACAGCUCUCCAGAGGAGAUGGAUGCAGCAGGGUCUUACCUUUUCAGUAGUCUGUUUUUACCACUCUUUGAUAUCGACUUGGUAGUUCGUCUUCUGGUUUUAAUGAAAGACUUGUGAAGAUCUGGAACGGUUGAAGAGAGAAAUAGAGAGAGAGAGAGAGAGAGAGAGGGUACAUUGUUGCUCUCAGAUUUGAUGGAAUUGUUGAUGUUUGAUGAAUUCUUUUUGUACAGUGUGCAUAGAGAGGGACAGGAAGAAGCAUGUGACACUAACUACGUCACACACACACACACACACACACAGUCAUUAAACAAUGAACAUACUCUUACCACAAUAUAGCAGUAUACACACAAUUACAUAAAUUAGCGCAGGCAAUAUGAAAUAUGUCCUUCCAGACGAUAUUUGAUUUUAAUAUUUAGAAAUUUUAAUCUCUUUCUCUAUACUAUUGACAGCCACCAUCUCCACCAGACAUGAAUGAAUUGAAACAGUGCAUGUGUUUGAGCUAGGCUAACUGGACUAAACCCAGUUGGACUGGGGAGUUUCCGUCCAUACCUCAAGGGGCCAGUCUUGUGAAUGUGUCCCAUUGCCACGCUAAUGUAAUAAUGAUACAACAGUCAUAGCAUUCCUGCUUUGAACGAUCACGUUAUAUCGGGUCACCUGUAGUAUUACAGUCCAUGAACACAAUCCACAGGCCAGCCAAGCUAAAGUCACAGUGAUUAUCACUGUCCUCCAUUUUGUUUCCUAGUAGGUAAUACUGUAGGUAGUUCAGUGGCGUGUGCUAUCUCCUGCAACACACACACACACACACUCACACACACACACACACACACUCACACACACACAGAUGGCUUAUCUUCACACGGGUGUGAAGCUGGCUUGCCGGUCUGUCAUGGGGGGGGCCUCAGGUCCGCCUGCAACCACCACCCUUGGACUUCUCUGUAAAAGGACUCGUGUUGGUCUGUGGAUACACCAGCUACUGAGCUUCCAGUUGGACUCUUGUCACCUUACCUCUUUUUUUUUCUCUUUUUGUUCUUGGUCUCCUUGCGGUUCUUACCCUUGUCUUUGUAAGGGUACACAAGCUUUCCUCAUUGUUAGCUGUUGUCUUCCUUUUCUUUCUUUCUUUUCUUUUCUUUCUUUUUUUUCCUGUUGGUUGGGGGUUCUCUGGCAUCUCUCCAUUUUAGAAGAGGAGUGACUUUUUUUUUCUUCUUCUUCUUCUUUUGUGGUUGUUUGAGUUUAGGUGUUUUUGUGAUUAAAGUCUUAAAUGUAUGUAA